GGCACCUGUUAUAGCUUAUCAUCACACUGAUCCGCUGUCCAGUAUCUCAUUCACUUCGCAAUGCUGCUCUCUCUUGUUAUUUUCGCUCUCUGUGUCGCUGUCGGUGCAGCUGACGUCACUUGCCCUCAUCUGCCAUGUCCUUUUGUGGGGUUCUGCAAGCAAACCGUCCCCACCUACUACGACCACGACGGCGUGAGAUGUCGCGGCUGUGACCAGUGCGCCAUGGACCCACAAGACGUCCCAUCGGGCACGCCGCUGCCCUUUGUCCACGCUAUUCAGUUGCAUAUGUGCCCUAUGUAUAUGUGCAUGAACCCCGGACAGUGUAGCGUCCCCUACACCUACAGCCACUUCAUGGUGAACGGCCUCAACUGCACCGGUUGCCCGUCGUGUCCCACCGGAGGUCAUCCUGAUGGCUCGAUAAUCCUGAAGAAGAAGCAACUGCUACAGGGAGGCGUGUUCCAACUCGACCAGUGUCCAAUGGUGCUGUGCAAGCAACCUGCACCGUGUGACGUGGCGUACAAGAUUUCCACGAUGCACGUCUCCGGCAAGGACUGUCCCGGAUGUCCCUACUGUCCUACCGACAAAGCUGCUUGACCGGUCACAUGCAACACACACAAGGCGAAUGAUUAUGUUAAUCAUAAUAUUGGAUAUUAAAGAUAUGUUAUGUUA